AUGAAGGUGGAGGGGUUACAGGAGGACGGGGAGUCUGGUUCUGUGUCUUCAGCAGACCGGUCCAUCGUAACCGCCAGUGCCUCAGGUGCGGUCCGUAACGGCGGGGCGGUGUGCAGCCCCGGCUCAGCUGAACGAUGCAUGUCACGACUGCUGAGUGCGGUAGAGAGUGAGCUGCAGGCCGGCCGGGAGAAGGGCGACCCGACAGAGAGGGAGCUGAGGGUGGCGCUGGAGGACGCCGAGCUGUGGAGGAAGUUCCAGCACAUAACCAACGAGAUGAUCGUCACCAAGAACGGACGCCGGAUGUUCCCGGUCCUGAAGGUCAGCGUGUCCGGUCUGGACCCCAGCUCCAUGUACUCCUUCCUGCUGGACUUUGUGCCGGCUGACAGCUGCCGCUGGAAGUUCGUGAACGGGGAGUGGGUGGCUGCCGGGCGGGCCGAGGGCCGCGGCGAGGGGCGGGGCCAUGGUGGCAUCUACAUCCACCCAGACUCACCUAACUUUGGAGCUCACUGGAUGAAGGCAGCUGUUACCUUCAACAAGGUCAAACUCACCAACAAAGUCAACGGAGGAGGACAGAUAAUGCUGAACUCGCUCCAUAAGUACGAGCCACAGCUUCACAUCGUGUGUGUGGGCUCCCGCCACCGUCUCGUCUCCAACGUUUCCUUCAAAGAAACUCAGUUCAUCGCCGUCACCGCCUACCAGAACGAGGAGAUCACGGCUCUGAAGAUCAAAUACAACCCGUUUGCUAAAGCGUUCUUGGACGCUAAAGAGAGGAACCCAGGGGGACGAGGCUUACCGGAGUCAUCAGACAGCCGUGUUGGGAUUCAACCAUGCUGGUCGCUGUGCUCAGCCGGAGGAGGCGGAGCUUUUCCUUAUGGCAGCAGCCUCCCACUAACAACACAUCAUCACCACGGUUACAAGCACCACGGUUACCCAGGCCGACACACACCUUACCCCACCCCCUACCUGCCGCACCGCACACACUCCUCAGAAAAUACAUUAAAAUAAUCGGCGUGUCUGUCUGAAGGAGUUCAAGUGUUGUCAGACGGAUGGAGCAGCUCCUCCCCUCGCUCCACCUCCUCAGCUUCCUCUCUGUCCUCCUCCACCUCACUCCCCCUCACCAGCAGUGCUCCUUCAUCACAGGCUCAUCCUCCUCCUCCUCCUCACAGCUCCAGUCAGUAUCCCUGUCUGUGGACGGUCGGAUGCAGUGAGCUAAGCCCCACCCACUCGCCUUGCGCCGCCCUCCAUGGACCAAUCAGUGGCGAGAGCCUCAUGCAGCCGCCUGGGCACGGUCGAGUGGGCGGUACCGGGUGGCCACCUGGCCCCACCCACUCUUUCUGAGGAGGGAUGGGAUUGGCCGAAAUGGAAGUGAAGAAUACUGGUCGCCACGCGACAACUUCAACUGCUACAAAGUACUUCUGCUUAUUCAGCCUGUCGCGUUCACUGGUUACUGGUUACUAAUGAGUUCUACUGGUGGUGGCCACUGGUAAACACUGGUGGCCAGUACUUCCAUCUCUAUCUGUUGGUGAUUGGUACAAUCUACUAACAUUAGUCAUCCUGCACACAUCUCUCGUUUUGCCAACCCAUGGCAACUUUUGAAUGAUGAAAUUUUAGCAUGUGCUAAAGAGAGUGCACCAUCCAUCAGACCCAUAGACUGUAUAAAGGGGCAGGUCACAGGACAAACUAUCGCUCUCCACUGACUUUGUAUUGAAAGAAGGUGCCUUCUUGACUAUUUUGUCCGCUAGCAAAAACACAUAAAAAUGGUCAAAGCUGCUGUGUGGCUCAAUGUACUAUAACUUUAGUUUUUUCAAUCAGACGAAGCGAGAAACUGAACUUUUAAGAGGAAAAAAAAAGGAUUUGAGCUAAGAUUAGCUUGCUAAUGUAGAGCUAACAUUAGCUUGUCCUUGCCAACUUGCCCUUUCUAAAAUCAUCAAAUGAUAUGCUUGAAUCUAAAAGUUUUAAAAAGUUAACAAUAAAUAUGCUGAGUUUCAGGAUUGUCACUGUUGAUGUCUCAUUAAGCAGUUUAUAAAAACUUAGUUCUGGGUUCUUUAAACUGGUGGUAAUAUAUUCUACCACACAGCAACUUUUCACAGUUUUUCAGUGUUUUGCUGGUGAACAACAUUGUCAAGGAGUCACUUCUGUCUUUCAAUAUAAAGUCAAAGGUUUUAAUUGAUUGCACUCUGUCUCUAUGAGUGGUUUGAACUUGUUGCUUUAUCACUGUAAACUUUAUAUUUAUUAUACAUUUUUGUGUUCUUUUUUUCUCUUUUACAACCUUUAGACCCCCUGGUGUGGUUGUUUGUUACUGCAGACUCAUUUAUGUAAACACAGAUUUAUAAACACGUUUUCUCAACGGAGUUGUUUAAAAGAGAACUUGUUGUUGCCUCUACAUUUUCAUUUAGCUGCUGGCUAGAUAGCGACUUAGCUCCAUGCUUCAUGCUGCAUUGGUUACACUAAAAAAGCCCAAAAAGUUGUCACUCUUCUAGUGAAGCAAUGAGCCUUCCUACGCUGUGAAAAGAGAGUGAAGUGGGUGGAUGAAGCAUUAAGUUGUUUAAUUUGACAGAAGCUUGCUAAUUAGCAAUGCUAAUGGAAAGCUAGAUAUUAGAUAUGGGAGAGAGCCUCAUUUUCUGAACCAGUUUAGAAUGAACGUACAGAGCUAACUAGCUCACUAACUAGCAUUAGCAUCCAUGAGUGUAAGUUCUGGCAGCCAGUAAUGUUAAGUCAAGACAAGGAGUACUAGCCUAUCACAGCACAAUCUUUGUUUUCGUCAUACGAAAAUGGGCGUGGUUUUAGCUAAACUGUGUUGGAAAAACGAUAGACGCAAUCAUGUUCACUGUAAACUAAAUGAUACAAGUGUCCUGUGAUGAAACUCGUCACUGCUGGUGUUAUUUUUUAUUACAGAAUAUUUAAAUAUCAUCCUUUUGUGGUUUGAAAUAGUUUGAAGUUUGCACUGAACCUGCAGGACAACGUGGGGCUCAACAGUGACCGCCGACCUUCUGAUCCACUCUGCUUCAAUGAAGCUCAUCCAUGAGUCAGUAAAGAGUUUUAAGAACCAAACCAAGCAACAAUGAGAUCAUUCAACACCAUAAGACAUUACAUUUUUAUUUUUAAUGUAUUGUACUUUAUUCAUUCUUUCUACAUUCUUUUCUUUCUUACCUUUUUUACUUAUUAUUUAUUUGUUUUUUAAAUGUAUUUUAUUCAUUCUCUUCCACUUUCUUUUUCUUUCUUAACUUUUUAAUUUAUUUUUUUUACUUAUUUAUUUUUUCUCUCUUCCUUUCUUUUCUUUGGUUUUGAUUGUAAGUUCAGGUGGGAGGAAGAGGACACUGCUAAAAAAAAAAGGAAAAUGUUUGUAAAUACUGAUGAAAAAGAUGCCUUAUUCAAAAAUUUCACAUUAAAUAUUGUUUUUUUCAGUAAUCAGAAUCCAGAUCAGAAUGUGACGUCACUGCUGAUCUCGACACAGUUCACUGAUCUCCCACAUCAAAACCUCUAAACCCCUCCCAAACAGACUGACACUUUAAUGUUAUACUAUUAUUGUAAAUAUAUAUUAUAACAUUUUAAUGACUCCAUGUGCAGUGACACUCUUGGUGUUGUAGCGCCCCUUGCUGUUUCUCCUGCUCAUGUAUAUAUAUGUAUCUGUAGAGCCACGAAACACGUUGAUAUUUCAUUUGGAUGUAAAAAAAGGACACGACCUGUUCAGAUUCAUUGGUUAUUGUUUCUCUUCUUCAAACACAAAACGAUUUAAAAAUAAUAACCUGAUAUCAGAUAUCUGCUGCAUGAAGUUUAUUGUUGAUGAGACACAAAGACUCAUACAGAGCAGUCAGUCAAGAAAUAAUGAAAU